AUGCCUCUUCACCUCCUCGGCAAGAAGUCAUGGAAUGUCUACAACCCAGCGAAUAUAGAGCGCGUUCGGCGCGACGAAGCUCAGGCCAAAGCCCAAGAAGAGGAGGAAGAGCGUCUCAUGCAAGAAGCUGAUGCCGAACGAAGGAUCCAGAUACUCCGCGGCGAACGGCCUUCAACACCACCUCCGCCGCCCCCAGCGCCGUCCGCCCGCCCACAAGAAAGGAAAAGUCAUACAGAAGAUGCAGGCCGAUUUAGAAAGAGAAGGCGCUUGGCCGGAGAGGAUGACACGGAUAGAGACAUUAGAUUUGCACAGGAGGAUGCACAGUUGGCGUUGGAUAGACGGGCGCAGCAAGCCGCUGCUCGGUCAAGCGAUGCGCCACUUCAUGAUAGUACUGGUCACAUUGAUCUGUUUCCUUCAGAGGCGAAGCGCAAGCCCGUGGAAAAGAAUGCAGAGGCGGAAAAGGAGAGUAAGGAGAAGAAGCGAGAGCUCGAAGACCAAUACACGAUGCGAUUCUCUAAUGCGGCUGGGUUUCGACAAUCUGUUGGCCAAGAUCCUUGGUAUUCGUCUUCGCAACGCGAGGGCGCGGCUGCUGAAUCCAUGCCAAGCAAGGACGUCUGGGGAAAUGAGGACCCAUUAAGGAGAGAAAGGGAGAAGGCCCGGAUGGAUGCAAAUGACCCGCUCGCGGCGAUGAGAAAGGGCGUCCGCCAGUUGAAGACGGUUGAGCAGGAGAGGAAAAGGUGGAAUGAGGAACGAAGUCGAGAGCUGGAAGCUCUGAAGGCUUCGGAGAAGAAUCGAUCUUCUCACCGCAGUAGGAGGUCGCCAUCGCAGGAUAGCAUCGAAGGCUUCAGACUCGAUGCCUCCCCAGAUAGGCGUCGAGAUGACAAGGAUGGAAGAUCCCGUCGACACCAUCGGCAUCGUAGAGAUAGAAGUCGAGAUCGUUCGCAUCGACGAACCUCCCAUUCUGAUUCGCGGUCUCAUCGUUCUCAUCAUGAUCGACACCACCGACACAGGGAUUGCAGACGCCAUGACGGAGACUCCCGAUCGAGACGUUGA